UAAACGACAUCGAAUUCUUGAAAAGCCGUUUUGAGUAACCAGAAAUUGGCGGGUAAAACCAUUGAAGACAUUGUCAAUUUCCAUAAUAGCCCUCAGAAAAUUUCUCAAUCUUCAAAUCCCACCCUUCUAUUUUCUUGAUUAAGAAUGGGGCUGCUUACGUUGAAACCUACUCUCCUUAGAUAUUAUCUCUUACGAGUCCUCUCCUUCAGUGUUUUAAUACUAGCCGUUAGAUUCGCUUUCAUCGUCACCGUCGCCGGCGGCUACUGUGGCUCCGACAAUGGCGGCCGCUGCUUCUUCCCCAAGAACGAUGCUCUCCCCGGAGGCGAAGACGUAUGUCAACGACAUACUAGCGCCGGAGAAUCUCUAACCCGUGACCUCUUUACCACUAAGAGAUACCGGAAAACCGUCGAUUAUUAUUCCUCCGUAUUCCAAGAUUUGGUAGACGAAGGCUUCUUAUCGUCCGAUUCUAAGGCUCUCUGUGUCGAAACCCUAACCGGUGAGGACGUGGUGGCCCUUAGAGAGAUUGGCGUGUUUGAUUCUAUAGGAAUCUCCAAGAAUCCCUCGCCGCCGUUGCUUUUCUCCGGAGAAGCCUAUCGCCACCCUUUCGAUAAUAACACCUUCGAUUUCGAGUUCGCCGGAAAAAACCAUCUGGACGGGUCAGGUCGACCUGGGGAUUUUGCUUCGGAGGUUUGUCGGACUUUGAAACCGGGUGGGUUUUUUGUGGUUCACACCAUGGCUAAAGAUUUGUACAGCUUCAAUUCUUUUCUUGAUUUGUUCAGCUGUUGCAGACUGGUUAGGGCUCUUGAAAUCGAUGGCUUUGAUUCUUCAUCAAUUCGCGAGAUUGUGAUGAGGAAGGAGACUGAAUUUCUUGGCCGUGGAGAUGGAAUAUCCAUUGGGAAUAAUUGCUCGGUUCCGGCGUAUAAACGAGUUAUUAUUGGGAAUGCAGAGCCAUUGAUCGAGGAAGAGCCAUUAAAGCCUUGGAUUUCAUUGAAGAGGAGCAUAAAGAGCAUAAAGUACCUGACUUCAAUGGUGGACAUUAGCUUUAAGCAGAGGUAUGUUUACGUUGAUGUCGGAGCUCGUAAUUAUGGUUCAAGCAUAGGAAAUUGGUUUUUGAAACAGUAUCCAAAACAGAACAAGACCUUUGAAAUUUAUGCAAUUGAGGCAGAUAAUGUUUUUCAUGAAGAGUACAAGAGGAAGAAAGGGGUAAUUCUUUUGCCUCAUGCUGCGUGGAUCAGGAACGAGACUCUAUUUUUCGAGAUUUCGAGAGACACAAGCAACGUAAUUGGGAAAGAAAGAAGACGCAGAGGGAUGGGUAGGAUUCAGCCAGUGAUGCCUUCAACAAGUUAUAUGCAAGACCUAGAUAAGAUUCAGGGAUUUGAUUUCGCUAAUUGGUUGAAGAACACGGUGACUCGGAACGAUUUUGUGGUGGUGAAGAUGGAUGCAGAAGGAGCUGAGUUUUAUCUGAUACCCAAGUUGAUUAAAACAGGAGCAAUAUGUUUGAUUGAUGAGCUUUUUUUAGUAUGUCAUUACAAUAAGAUGCAAAGAUGCUGCCCUGGUGUGAGGAGUUCCAAGUAUGAGAAGACAUAUGGUCAAUGCUUGGACUUGUUCAAUUCGCUUAGAAAGAGUGGAGUUCUUGUACAUCAAUGGUGGUGACGACGGGUAACACAAAACUCUGUCUCUGCUAUAUUUCUUAUUUUCUUUAUAUGAUAGGCUGGAUAUUCUUGAUAGUGAGAGAACCAUGUACAUGUUCUUCUUUCUUUUUUCUUUAUUGAUUCAAUUGUGACGAUUUUUAAAGGAAGAAUGAAUCAAACACACAUUCUUUUGUAUCAAUUUUUCAACUCCUUUAUCAUUACUAUUUAUUUUCUUUGUUCUCUGGUUUGCUGGUUAACACAUAAUCUUUGUUGAGUUUGUAAAAAUGGUGAUGAUGGUUUGUUUUGUUAGACUUCUCAGUUUGUCCUAAUCAUGAUUCUAAUUAAUCAACGUCCAAUUUUUCUUACCUUCCGCCCAAAUCGGGGUUCAGUUUCUA